GUCUGCGCGGUGACAUGUGACACAUACAUAGAAACAGACCGAGCCGAGCGGACACACGCCGACCUCUUCUUCUCUGCGUCUCCGAGCCACACCGAGAUGGAGAUGUCAGCAGCUGCAGGUGGCCUGGGGAUGUCAGGUCACCAUCAGGGCUCAAACACAGUGAAGAGGAGGAGGUGGGGAGGUUUGAGGCAGCAGUGGAAGCUUCUGGGCUUGUUUGAGAUUGAUCAGCAGCACGAGUUCUACAGCCUGACCUGCAUGAUGAAGGAGGGAUUGGCGGCAGCUACCCAAAACACCAUUGACAAUGCACCUACGAAUGAACUGUCAGAUACUGACUUCAGAUUAGAGGUCACUCAGAUACAUAAGGAUUUUACAAUGGAGACGUUUGCUGGCCCAGUGUUUGCCAGCCUGCGUGGCUCUUUAGGAAUGACUGAGCAAGAGUAUCAGCAGUCGCUCUGCUCUGAAAACUGCUACCUCCAAUUCAUCAGUAACUCCAAGAGCAAGGCCGACUUCUUCUUGACAAAUGAUAAACGCUUCUUUUUGAAGACCCAAAACAAAAGGGAAAUCAAAUUCCUUCUGGCCAACCUGAAGAUCUACAUGGAACAUCUGAAGAAAUACCCCCAUUCACUGCUGGUCAAGUUCUUAGGUGUUCACAGGAUCAAAAUCCCACACAGGCGGAAGAAAUACUUCAUUGUUAUGCAAAGUGUGUUUUAUCCUGAUGAUCGCAUCAAUGCCAGGUACGACAUAAAGGGCUGUGAGGUGAGUCGUUGGACAGAGCCUGCACCAGAAGGAAGCCAGAUUAUUGUGGUUCUCAAAGAUCUCAACUUUGAAGGCCAGUACAUCACUCUGGACCAGCAGCGUCCCUGGCUGCUACGGCAGAUGGAGAUCGACACAAACUUCCUUCGGAGGCUUAAUGUGUUGGACUACAGCCUCCUCCUGGCUCAUCAGCCCUUACACAAUGAUGAACGCCACCCGAGUCUCUCCUUCGCCACUCUCAUCAUGAGAACAAAAAAAUCUGUGAAUCCAGGCUCCAGCCCUAUCCAUGCAGGCAUAGCUACUGUCCCUGGGGCAGUCCCAGAAGAUGAGUCUGCAUCACUUAUGUCUAAAACAGAUGGCAGCUAUUUGAAGCAAUCACAUGCAGGAGUUGCAUCAAGUGGUGGCACUCUUCAAACAUGCCCAGGGCAUGCAGGACCAGGCAGUGACGCAGCUGAACUUCCAGACUUCAGGGCCCAAAACCGACGUUUACUGCCCAACUUAAAGAAUCCUCUGCAUGUCAUUGAUGGGCCUGAGCAGCGCUACUUCAUCGGCAUCAUUGACAUUUUCACAGUUUACAGUUUUAAGAAGAGGCUGGAGCAUUUGUGGAAGAUGUUGAGACAUCCAGGCCGAUCCUUCUCCACUGUCAGUCCACAGACUUACUGCCUCAGAUUAUGUAACUGGGUACAGGAUCAUACCAAAUAGAACCUGCAUCAAGUGGUGGAAACUUAUCACCAGCUCUCACUGAGCAUGUCUUAACAACUAAAUGGCCAACCAAAGUCCUCACACAUGCAUUGACAUGGAACAAAUUUAUCUCCAUCUAUGGCAUCAUAUUUGUGCCUCACGUAAACACUCGGAGCACUGAAAAAUAUUUGAUGCAAGCAAAAUACAUUGAGACUGAUAGUUUGCGAUUGAAUUUUGCAAAAACAAAAAAUGCUUCUGACUUCAGUUCUCCUCUUGGCUAAAAUUGCAACACAUUGCGACACUUUUACCAGUUGAAAGGGCUGGAGAACUUGAGAGCAUGUAGACUGCAGCAGGGAUGUUGAGAGAGGGUUUAAGAGGGCAUAGAGCAGGUAAAGAGGGGUAAUGAGUGAAACUAAGCAAGAUAGAGACUAUUAUUUAAGUUAAUGUGGAAAAUGGGAAACAAACAAUUACACUGAGCACAGAAAACAUUUUUGUUUGCUUAAUUGGGAUUUAGGGGCAUCUAUGGGCAGAGAUUGUAUUAAAUAUUCAUAACUGUUUUAAUUAGUUUAUAAUCACCUGAAAAUAAGAACUGUUGUGAUUUUGUUACCUUAGAAUGAGCCAUUUAUAUCUCCAUAUGGAGUGGGCCCUCUUCCAUGGAGUCCACCAUGGUGUUCUACAGUAACACAGGAUGGACAAACCAAACACUGGCUCGAGAUAGACACAUUUGCGUUUUUCGCUUUGUGAAAGUGAACCACCACAUCACUGGUGACCAAGACCAAGGGAUUCUUUGCCGCUGUGCAGAUGAAUAGUGUUUUGCUUCCCCACGUGCUGCUGCCAACACCCGUACCUCCACUGUCAGAUGCGAGGGAAGCCAAAGAAGGUUCAUCUUCACACUCUAUGACACACAACUGGUUGAAUAUUGGCAAAGCUUCCCUGCUUCCCUUCACUGGUUCCCUUAGGGACUUGGGUUUGGAACCGGAGGGUUGCCUGUUCAAGUCCCCGUCCAGACCAAAUAUGGAGUGUGGACUGGUAGCUGGAGAGGUGCCAGUUUUCAGGGUCUGAUUUUGGUUUUGGAAAGGGGUCUAAACUUAGAUCUCCUUCCAACCUCUCCAGGUAACAAGUAUCAUUAAAAAACCUGACAGCACUCACUAAUAAGUAUAAUACUUUUAAUAUAGUGGAUUGCAAAGCAGCAGUCAAACGGUCAGUCGGGCAGUCAGGCGUCCGUUUGACUGCUGCUGGGCCUGUUGUCUUGGAACUGGAAAUCAAUGCUGAAAUAGCCUACACUACACUGUGGCUCUGACUUCCGUAUUGUAUGACAAUUCCUGCUAUUGUUUUGACUUUGGUUAUUUUAUUAUAUUAUGUUCCCAGAACAUGGUGGUUCAAGUUUCCUGGAGAUCUCUGAAAAAUCCCCUUCAGCAGUUACCACUGACCAACUGGAAAAUAGCAUGUGAAGGAUAAUUCAUCUCUCCUUGAAGGCAGUUUCCACUCUUGACACUGGAUCCGAUGAUCUCCCUCUGCAUGGCCAAACGAUUUCCACAAAAACUUAUCUAAUGGUAGCUGACCAAAUUCUAUAAAUUGUUUGUGUGGAUUCAUUCCCCAUUGUACCAAUGAAAGCCUCCCCCUGAUGGCUUUGCCCAUCUCUGACUGUAACACCUGUCAUCUACUCUACCUGAAUAACCUUACAUUCAUGAACUGUGCACAGUUCCACCUGUGAUGAGACCCUCGUCCUGCAAAACACCUAUAAGCAAAUGUUAAACAUGCUCUUAUGUCCCUACUGCCAUCCCUCUUAGGAUAGUUCCCUGACCAAUGGUGUGUCAGAGGCACUGGAGGUGGUUUUCUCCAAAACCAAGAAAGUUUUCUAGAAUUUAGACUUCAGAUUAUCGUCCCCAGCCAACAGCAUUUGUUACACUAGACACUUAUUUCAAUAGGUUGACCACUGCUGCUUCUUUCUGCCCCAUAUUUGCUUGAAAAGGAAUGCACUGGAGAUGUGGACUAAAAGCAUAUGAAUACCUCUCUAAGGGUUGGAGCAGAGUCUGCAUUCUAGGCUAUGCAGUCCCAGUAAUUUGAGUUGCUAAUCAUUGAUGAUGAUUGAUGUUGAAUGUUGUACUUAUGUGCCAGAUUACAACACUCAACAUAUCCUCAUAGAACGGUUUGUAUGAUAUCCUACGGAAAUGCAGACCCAACAAUUUGUAUUAUAUCUUACCAAGUAGCGCCCUAUGAAUUAAGUUAUAUCCUUAACAUACAAUUAUAUAAUUAACACAAAGUUACGGAGGUUAGGUUUAGGUCAGUAAAGUUACUGUGGAAAGGUUUAGGAAAAGAAGCAUGGUGAGGACGUACCGUCAAAUGACUCAAAGUUCAUACGGUUCUGAACACACGUCACAUAGGGAAAGUCCUGAGGGAAAGUCCACAGUUUCAUGACCCAUCCACCACCUCAACUUGCCUCCUUACAAGACUGCUCAGGACUGCUUCCUUGUUUACUCCCGUCAGUGCACUGGUCAUGAGAUCACAGCCGUUUAAAAUAUGUGGGAUAUGUGCGAAUUUGGGUGCAUUACUUCUACUACUACUACUACUAUUACAUUCAUAGCCUGCAAUGCUAGCCUCUCUGGUAUUAUUGAUAUCGGCCAUUGGGGCACAAAUAUUGCUCAUUAUGUUUUUGUUGGAAUAAUUGGUUUUAUUUUCUUUGCUAUUGCUAUUAUUAUUACUUGUAUCAGAUCAAUGUAUGAGACUGAUAAGUGAUUACUGAUAAGAUGACCACUAAAAUGAUAGUUCAGUGAGAAUCUCUUACAGGUCUAACUACUCACUAACCUAUCUCCACUGCACUGUGAAUAAAAACUCAUCUGAACCAGCCACAGAAUUGGAAAUAAAGAUCAGCAUUCAGAACAAGGUUUUAUACUUUUACGUCAAAGCUAACCCAAAACAGUGGGUUGUUGGGUGAGCUUAUCAAGAGGUCUGAGUAAAACUAAAUAGUUCUCAGUAAACCUAGGACAGGGUUAAUAACAAUACAGUAUGAUUCAAUCUGCCCUAAUCCCUUCAGGACCUUAGAGAAAGUCUCUCUGGAUGACAAAAAAAAUGAAGAAUUACACACAGGGAUCUGUUAAUCACUGUAAAAUAGUCUUGUCUCGGCACAGAAGAAAUGUCAUACAGAACAGCAGGAACUUUAUCAGUGAACAGGAAUGACAAUAAUACACUAUAAAACUGAAACUAUGGGGUAAUAUAUUUUCUCUUGAGUAGCCCUAUCUAGAGCCUAGUCUGCCUCAUUCAGUGGUACUUGUAAAGUCUUAUUAUAUUCCAAAAAGGGGGUCCAGACUAUCCCUUAAGAGUGUAUCUGUUUUCUGAAGUUUGAGGAAAUGCAUAGAGUCACUAAUCCAUCUUGUGAAUUUAGGAGGUGCUUGUUCAUUAUGAUGGUGGCCUUUAACAUGGAUGUUAAUUCAUGUAUUUUUUUAGACAGAGCUAAGAGAGCUUGUGGGACAUAGUGAACUCACCACCCACACACAGCGGGCAAUAGAAACAACACUGAUACUAAGAGCUCUAAUGUCAAUAGUAACAUAGUAUUUAUAUGGGAGGGGAGGGGUUAUGUUAAGGAUGGCCCCAGUGCGUCAUGGAGUAUGCCCACCCAAAAAAAACCUUGACACAGAAAUGAUGAAAAACAGUUUAACGGUCUAACUCCAUGGUUCAGGGUUACACAGUUUAGUCUUUGAAUAGUCAGUUUAUUUCUCUAAAUAGGGUAUGUUUGGAAAUAUUCAUUCCAGGUGCCGGAGUGCACUCUGGCACAAACUGGACCAUUGGUAAAUUUGGAGUGCUGUUGGAAUGUACCGUUUGGCAAUCCGUUGUACCACACUCUUGGAGUAGCAGAGCGCACUCCAGCAGGGUGAAGUUAAUGUGUGAUUAACUUAACUGUUCGUUAAUUCAUGUCGAAAUAGAACACUCUGUUUCUUUGACCAACAGGGCUCUCAUUUUAGUGAAUUUAUGAAGGCACCAUGUCAGGACACUCACUGUCUGCACACAUGAGUGUUACUUGAAUAAGUAAACCCAAACCAAUGGGACCAGACUAGCCAACCCAUAUGCUCUCACUGGAGAGCUGAAUGGAUGAUUUGACAGGAUUGUCAAAGGUGGGAUGGCUGGCUUUGUGGUCUUUUUUCACUGUUACAGUCAUUAGCGGCAGUAGCUCAGUCCAUAGGGACUUGGGUUGGGAACUGGAGGGUCGACUGUUCAAGUCCAGACCAAAUAUGGAGUGUGGACUGGUAGCUGAGAGAGGUGCCAAUUCACCUGGGCACUGCCGAGGUGCCCUUGAGCAAGGCACUGAACCCCCCCAACCACUCGGGGCAUCUGUCCAUGGGCAGCCCCCUCACUCUGACAUCUCUCCACUUAGUGCAUGUAUAGGUCCUGUUUGUGCAUGUGCGUAUUUCGGACCUGUGUGUAAUUGAUAACGGAGUGAAAAAAUUGAAUUUCCCUUCAGGGGGAUUAAUAGAGUAUAUCAAAAAAAAGUUAAUUAAAAUUAAAUUAAAAAGCAGAAGCAGCAUGUGUAGACAUUCAGUAGGCUAUACCUUUCGUAGCUAACUAGCUAACCCUACACUUUUCAGGGUCUGAUUUUGGUUUUGGAAAGGGGUCUAAACUUAAACCAGUGAGAGCCAACCCAUAUGCUCUCACUGGUUGAUAACUAUACCAAUUUACCAGUUUCCUCUGUAUUGUUUUGAUAUCUCACAUUAGCAAAUACGUAGUCUCUAUAUACAGACUCUACAGAGUCUGUAGGCAAACCCCGGAGAUCUUGCCUCUGGAAGAAGAGCGGAAGAGCCCUGGUUUCCAGUUGUAGGCUGUUUGUAUUCCACGUGAUAUUGACCAAUCACGUUUGAGCCGGCUGCAGUUGUUGCCAGGUUAAACGGCCCAUGCGGUGAACUAACGAGGCGGAACAUAAUUGGCGUCACUGCAAACUCUGAAUCCGUCGCAAUGGUUCAGCAUAUUUACUUAUAUCGGAAAUGGAAAUUCUCCUCCCCCGCCCAUAUCAAACUGGAAUGCCAAAAAAUCGGGGGUCUGCCCCCAGAGGCUGUAUCGCCGUCUGUGGAAAGUCAGACGCCGAAUACAGACGAAGGGUUCCGAGAAUGGCAAAUAUGCUAAAAAGUUAGUGUUACAGAGAAAUCCAAUAUUCCUCUUUAUACCUUCCCAAUUUCUCAUUAGGUGGACAGGAUAACCCUUAAUACACUAAAUGUUAUUCAUCCCUAUAACAACAAAUAAGUGUGUGCUGCACAUAAGAGCAUUUUUGAUGACCACCUCCAUCUAGUCCUUUCGUCUUAUUGCAUUUAACCAUAGUUGUCUUCAUUUUUGUUGACGGGCAGUGGUGGCUGAUAUGUGAUAAAAAUUAAAAUUUUGAGCCAUGACUCCUUCUAUUCUGGCAACCAACAACACAACAAGAUGACAUUUUAAUUUUGCUUUUCCCAAACUUAAACAAGCCCAUUCUAGCCAGACCUUAAUUCCUGUUUUGUACAAAAAACAAAAGACCAAAUUGUAAGUUUUCAUACAUUUACAGUUUACAGUAAAAAUCAAUGAAAUUUCUUGUAUUGAAAACAUACUGAACCGUGACACCCCUGUAUCAUAUCAAACCUAAGUGUGAAAUUUGUGAACUGUUAUGCCCACUAUGUAGUUAUUAACAGCUCAUUCUAAGGUAACGAAAACACAACAAUUCUUAUUUUCAGGUGAUUAUAUGCUAAAGAAAACACUUAAUACGUUCCAUUUUUGUCAAUAUAUCCCUCUAAAUCGUACACACUGGACCUUAAAUUUGAAGUUAUGACUGUCUAGGAUGAACAGAAAGAUGAGUGUUUGAAACAUGUCACCAGUCCAGAUGGUUCAUGUUCCAACAUGAAAUGAAGUCAACCUGCAGUCUUUUUAUUAUGUUUUAAUUUUUCCCAAAUGUGUGCAAUGGAAAGGCAAUAAUUACAGUGUUGUCUGGUAAUGUUUUUUAUUGCCAGAAAUCUCCAGGUCAGCUUUUAUUUGCUUACCAUUUCUUGAUUUGUAACCUUUUGUGUGUUGAUUAUACAGUUUAACUGGUUAUAACUGUAAAGACUUGUGCUUUCACUUUAUCUUGGAAAAAAAUUGCAAUUUUUAUUAUUUAUUAUUUUUUGACAUGAUCUCAUCUCUGUAAUGCAGCAGUGCCUCUUUAGAAUAUGAUACUUACCAUUAAUCCACCUUUAGCCUGGGAAUAUUAUGAAAAUAACAAAAACGAACUUAGUUUAAAACUUAUUAUGUUUGCUUCACUGACAAGUAAGAUGUAUAUGCUGAUGUAUGAAUGUCUAAAUACAAAGAUAAAACUGUAAUACUACUCUUUCUUUGCAAUUUAACAUUAAUGUAAUAGAUGGUUUUACCUUAUGUCUGUGCAUACUGGGAAAGGUAUCUGCUGUAACCUUUGCCUAAUGGAUAAAUGAUGUGU